CCCAGCAGUGCCACCCGCAAGUUCCGCCCACCUGUGCCCAGCAGUGCGCCCACUACUUGCACCCACCUGUGCCACUCUGCAGUGUCACACACCUGUGCCCAGAAGUGCCACCUACCUGUGCCCAGCAGUGCCACACACCUGUGCCCACCAGUGCCACCCACCAGUGCUGCCCACCAGUGCCACCCACCAGUGCAUCCCAGCAGUGCUGCCAGUCAGUGCCACCAGUCAGUGCCCAGCGGUUGUGCCAGUCAGUGCCACCAGUCAGUGCCCAGCAGUGAUGCCAGUCAGUGCCGUCUAUCAGUACCCAUCAUUAGUGUCACCUAUCAGUGCCGCCUAUCAGUG